GACAGCUGAUGCCAAGCCUGGGCGAGAGCAUGCCAGAGCUGUCACCUGCACAGACAUAAAGAUAAAAUUACAGGAAGAGUAAAAUGUCAAGAGAAAACCUUGUGCAGCUUGUCCCCUUCUCUGACAGGGGGCAGUCUUUCUUGCCUGCAAUUCCGGGGCAUCGAGUGGAGUUAUUAGAAGACAGAUUAGUAAAUCAAGAAAAGACCACUACUAUUCUCCUAGAUCAAGCCUUCAAGAUAAAAGAAGAUGUAUCCAUGCUGCGAGGAAACCGUGGUCAGAACUGGGACUUAAUGGCCCAACGCUUGCUUGAAAAUCACAUGCAGACAGUCAUACAAAUAGUCAAGCAACUGGGCAAAGAUAUAGAGGUUUUGGAAAAUGAGAUAAGAACUAGAGAUACAGUCAGCUCAGGAACAAGCUUCGCAGUACAAAGCCUGGACAGGAAACACCUAGCUGGAAUUGGUGAUCUGCGAGGUCGUGUGGCCAGAUGUGAUGCCAGUAUAACAAAGUUAUCAGGAGAGCUAAUAACCACUAAAAAGGAGCUGCAUGCGCAGGAGAACGAGAUUCACAAUAUAAGUGCUGCACUGGAGGCAGAUAUGAAGGCGCUCGACUUUAAGGUGAUGCAGCUAAUAGGAAAAAUGGAAACGUUUAUUUCUGAACAGAAUAACAAAGUGAAGAGUGCCCAGGGGGAACAACGCCAUGAGAUCCAGCUUCUAGAUUUCAAACUUGGUGGCUUUCUAGAGGAGAUUCAAGGACAAAUCCAAAAUCAACGAAAGUGGGCUGAAUCCCAGCUAGGAAGAACAGCUGAUGAGCAGACCCAGCACAUACAACAACUCAUUAAUGCUCUGAGAGACAGGAUGGACACAACAGAAAAGAGACUACAGGAGAAUGUACAUCACCUGACUCUGAAAGUAGACAACACCAACCACACACAAAGACUGGAAGCCAAGUUCAGCAAGCUGAAGCACGCAGAGAACAAAAUGGCUGCCAGAAUCUCAAAAUUUGAAAGCCAAAUCUGGGAUGAGAUUGAGAAUAUGAAAAGUGAAUAUAGAGCAGGUUUCCAGGCUAUACAGGAGUCUCUGAAUUCUCUUCAACAAAUCCAAGAGACAAAAGUGAAACUAGAAGGCAGAAAAUUCCAGAAAGACAUAAAGCAAAUACGACGGAAAAUUGUGGAACUGAAAGAUAUAUAAGAUGCUCUUGGCAAUGGUCCUGAUGCAGUUCCUACUUGAUGUGCACUGUUCUUCUCAGCUUAGUAUUUAUCCCUUUAAAAAAAUUACAGAAAUUCCUGGCAGUGUUACGAGCUCAUUAUUGGAAUGUAAUGAAUGCCUGCACCAGAAUCUAGAAGAUAUAAGACGAGAAGAAAUAACUGUAAGGAUUGAAUGACUUUGUUUUAGUUUAUAGAAAGAAGCUCCAGUCACAGGUCCACCUUUACAGGCCCAUAAUUCAGAAGCCACAUUAAAGGGAAUGCGCCAUCAGAAUGACCAAUUGUUUAAAUCACGUUUUUAUGUUAAACGCAGUUUAAAGAAUAUUUGAGGUUAUUAUUAAUUUUCCAGGUCACUAUAUUAAUAAGAAAAAUCCAGCAAUUUUUGCAUUGGCCACUAACAGUGGAUUUAGACGGCUAGGUAAUCGGGCACGAAAGUUCUUGCGAAUGCUAAUUCCCGACAAUCUGCCCAUCUAAAGGUACAGCUGAUGAAACACUUGCUUAUCAAGUAAUCCAGUCGUUCGUGCAGGCAAGUAAAUUAUAAUUUCUGGGCAACCGAUUGUACUGUCUCAAUAGCAAUCGGCUGCCCAGAAACAAUGCAGCUGUAUGAGAAUGAGCGAUCGCAAUAGCGAUCCCUCGUCCUCAUACUGUGGAGGAGAUCGCUGCAUGUAAAUGCAAUGCUUCACCUCCACUAAAUGAGCAGCCAACUGUUGGGAAGGAACGCUUCCU